AGUGUAGUGCGCGAGAUCAACAGGAUAAAUGACAGAGAGCUCGAUAUAAUUGCUUCAGGAGGCGCGUCAUGGCACGACGAGUACAAGGAUUCCGCCUACAUCUUUAUUGGCGGUUUACACUUCGACUUGACGGAAGGAGAUGUCAUCACUAUCUUCUCUCAGCGAGUCGUGUAUGGGGAAGUUAUGGAUGUCAACCUCCCUCGCGACAAGAACACCGGAAAGACGAGAGGAUUUGGCUUCCUCAUGUAUGAAGAUCAAAGAUCAACAGUUCUGGCCGUCGAUAAUCUCAACGGUGCGAAUGUGCUCGGACGCGUCCUAAGGGUGGACCAUGUGAAGAACUACAAGCAGCCCGGCAAGAAGGGGGAAGAUGGAGAGUGGAUAGAGCCUGAAGAACAAAGCCUGAAUGCCAAACCUCCACUGCUGAUUGAGGACGAUGCCGCGUCCGACUCAUCUGUAUCUUCUGGUCCCCCGAUCGACCCUGAGGAUCCUAUGUACGAAUAUCUCGUCGCGAAGCGCAAGGAAGAGAAGGCGCUGAAGAAGACGAAGAAGCACAAGGCAAAAGGCAAACACAAAGAUGAGACUCCUGAGGAGCGUCGCGCGCGGAAGGAAAGGAAGAAGGAGAAGAAAGCGAAGAAAGCUGGCAAAUCCGAGGGGAUGCGGGCAGUGGAAGAGUUGCUAGCUGAGAUUGAGGGGCGGGAUGGUCGAGGGGGUGGAGAGAGGACGCGUUCGCCGGCGCGAGGACGGAGCAGAUCCAGGACGCCCGUCAAAGAUGCUAGGUCAAGGAGCAGAACCCCUGAGAGGCGAGCGAAGAGGCGAUUCACUAGCCGUUCUCCUUCAGACGGCCGUCCUCGCGAUGUCCGCUCGCCUCGUCGUGGGCGAGAUUCCGGGGAUUCACCGGAGCGACGUCGCAGACCUAGGGAAUUCGACUUUGACCGCCGGAGCCCUGACCGCGAUGAUCGUUCGAGGCGGUACAGGGACUGA